AUGGCUUCGGUGUCCAGGCUGUCGAGGCGCAAAGAUGCCAGCCGCUGGCCGAGGAUGUCGUCAACUUUCUGGGCUGUGCUGCUCCUGACAGCGCUGCUGGUCCUCUACUGCGGCCAGCUGGCAGCGGGGACAUGUGAGAUUGUGACGCUGGACAGGGACAGCAGCCAACCACGGCGGACCAUCGCCAGGCAGACGGCCCGCUGUGCCUGUAAGAAGGGCCAGAUCGCUGGAACUACAAGAGCCAGACCUGCCUGUGUGGACGCUGGUAUUGUUCGGAAAAAGCAGUGGUGUGAGAUGGUGCCAUGUUUGGAGGACGAAGGCUGUGACCUGUUAGUCAAUAAAUCUGGCUGGACUUGUACACAGCCCGGAGGCCGAGUCAAAACCACCACGGCUCUAUGACGCGACAAGAGUCCCCCUCGACACUCUUGCACUAUGGAGAGCAUUGAUGACCCCUUGACAGACAGCCAAAAAGCAUCUACCAACACCACCAACACCGCCCCACCACCACCACAACUCAACCCAAACCCUGGUCCCGCAAAGGCAGGAAGCAACACAAGCAGCUACAGAGCACCAAGAGCCUCAUGGAGGCAGCAAGGUCUCAUAACACAGCCGGAGACAGGAAGACCAGGGAGCGACUGUUUGAGGGAGCAAACUCUCCCCUGGACACCGGACAAACUACUCGCUGUAAAACACUGUCUAUUUCCUGUGACCGGCUCCUCCGGGUUUGUGACUGCUCCCUCCUGCUAUCUGUCGUUGGGUCAAAAUGUCGCGUCCACCUCCUCUCCACUCUAUCUGCCUGCUCUGUGAAGUUAGCAGCGCCCGCUCGUGCCACGGAGGAUCGGACACCUUCGAGAUCCCACCGACGGUUUUUGCCUCACUGGAAGUCCUCUGUCUGAAACUGCUAAUGAAUGAAGGAUUUCCCUCGUCACAUCCCAGCCUCUGGACCAGGAGCUCCAGAGCAAAGACGGGAUCAUUACAGACCAAGACCCCGUUGCUUCUCGGACCACCUCGCGAGGCCGUAAAUCCGGAACUGAGCGCACUCUGCUGUGAAUAGGCCUUCUGCUGGAGUAAACCUCCCAUAUUUUUAUAGACCAAAGAGCAAAACAACAAAUACGCUAAUUAUGACAGAGCGGGCCGUUUGGCAAAGACACACACAGACCUGGUGAACUUGCAGAUUUGCGUCGCCCCCCCACAGAGAGACGGCGCACAAGUGGGCCGAUGCAAACCGAACCUCGCGUCUGGUGGCACAUGUACCGUACACAAUCAAAGGAGUACUUUUAAAACUUUCCAGACAUUUUUUUCUCAGACUAAGCCCACCACUGUAUUUUGGAACUGGAGAUAUAGGUACUACAUACGUAUAACUGUGUAUCAAAAAAAAAAAAAAAAAAAAAAA